CCUCCCCCUCUGCCAUUUCCAGAGCUCGUGAGAAAGAGCGACUGAGCGAGGAGGAAGACGAGAUACUCCUGCUGCUACCUAGCUGCAAAAGUGAAAGAGGAGGGAAAGAGAAAGGUGAGGGCGGUGGGGGUGGCCGCUUAUUUCUUUCUUGCUCACGAGUUGGACGCGGGCUUGCAUUCCUGAGAUGAGAUGGGGAAGUUUCUAGCGGUUUCCGGGGAGCUGUGAUCUUGGACGAGGGAGUUCGGGGUGCAAGAACGUGAUGCGGAUGCGUGAAACGGAGUAGAUUUGUCAUGUUCUGUGUGCGUUCUUGAUCGAUCGAUCCCCGGUUUCAGGCGGUUGGCAGGCUGUUCCGGCCGGCGAUGCUGCGGAGGAUGGUGUCGGACCAGGGCCCGGGCUCCGGCGCCGGAGCAGGAGACGCGGCCAGGCCCCGCGGCACCGGCGGCGCGCUGUUCGCCGUGCCGCGCCUCUUCGUCGGGCUCGCCGCCGCCAAGCGCUCCCCGGACGGCGCCGGCGAGUCGGAGCGGAGCCCGACGUCGCCGCUCGACCCCAAGGCGCUGCUGCUCCGGUCCCCGCGCUCGCCGCGGACCUGGGACUCCGAGCCGGUGGGGCUCGGCCUCGUGGUGGACGUCGCCCUCUCCGGCACCGGCACAGGCGACGCCGCCAGCGCCAUCCCCACGACCUGCGUGCUCAGCCCGCGCCUGCGCCUCAAGUCCACGCCGAAGGGAUGCGGCGGGGGCGGCCACUCGCAGCCGGAGCUCGGCAAGACGGUCUCCUGCCCGGCCUCCGCCACGGCCGGCAUGUCCGUGCCCUGCAGCAGGUUCUUCCACGGCGGGGAUCUGAAGUCUGGUCCGGAGGCCACGCGGUCCGAUGCAGCUGGUGCCCACUCCGGCGCCAAGCGGCAUUGCUUCCACCUCGGCGAGUUCCCGGGGGCGGGGUCCCUGCCUACCUCUAUCACCGCCGGCGGCCGCCGCCGGUUCGUCGGCUCGGUCUCGGCCAGCGAGGUGGAGCAGUCGGAGGACUACACCUGCAUCAUCGCCCGCGGCCCCAACCCCAAGACCACCCACAUCUUUGGGGACUGCAUCCUCGAGCCACAGGAUGUUGCCAAGAGCGGCGUGGCCGCCGUGGAAAUGAUGGACGGAGCUGCCAAGUCCUACCUGGUGGUCAAGUGCGCCACCGAGACCGCCGCCGAUGCCGGCGAGGACUUCCUGAGCUCCUGCUUCACUUGCAAGAAGAAGCUGGAGGGCAGCGACAUUUACAUCUACCGCGGCGAGAAGGCAUUCUGCAGCGCCGAGUGCCGUGACAAGGAGAUCCUGAUCGAGGAGGAGGCCGAGAACAACAUGAGCAUGGGCUCCCCUCGCUCGUCCUGCUCGUCCCUGCACGAGGACAUCUUCAUGGCCGGGAUGAUCGUGGCGACAUGACCCGCCGCGACGAUGGCCCGACCGAGAACGCACCGCCGUUUCCUCCUCGACAAGCAUGCACCCAAUUUUCCCCCUUGCCACUA